AUGGCGUCACCAGCGCGGGCGCCGCGCGCGGAGCUGGGCGGCGCCGACGUGGGCGACGCCGAGGCGGGCGCGGAGGCUGGCGCGCCGUCGGCGCAGGCAGCCGCGGCCCCAGCGGGGCCACCCGCCUCCGGCGCCGGCGCUGGCGUGGAGGUCGCCGGCUUCGAGGGCUCGCUGCUGGAGGCGAUCGCCGACGGGGCCGUGGCGCAGCCGCCGCUGCUGGCCUUCGGCGCCUGGGUGCAGUGGCGCGCCGGCCCAGGUCGCCGGCUUCGCACGGCGCCCGCGAUCGCGGCCAGCGAGAGCGCGCUGUGGCGGAGCACCAUGGAGGCGCUGCACGGCCACGACUGGCAGGCGCGGCUGCGCCAGCAGGGCCCCGCGGCGGCGCGCAGCCCCGCGACGCCGGCGGCGGCGCAGCCGCCGGCGGCCGACGACGUCCUGCGGCUGCUGGACUCGCCGGCGCGGGCGUCCGACGCGGGCUCCGACGCCACUGGAGCCCUGUCGGACGGCAGCUGGGGGCCGCUCACGGACGACGAGGUCCUGGAGCGGCUGCUCAAGGACGUGGAGCUGCACGAGUCGAUGCGCGACUUCGAGCGGCGGGCCGGGGCGCCUGGCUGUCCCACUGUGCUGACGCUGCGGCGGCAGGCGGUGCCCGAGGGCGCAGUCGAGUUCGGCAUGAGGAAGGCCCGCUUCCUGGUGGAGGCGCGGGCCCACGGCGAGGGCGUGGCGGCCGCGCUGGAGGCGAAGCUGCACGCCGACCUGCCGCCGGGGCUUCCCCCGCGGGGCGGGCCGAGCGAGGCGGGCCAGGUGGAGCCCAGCUUGGCGGCAGCGCUGCAGGGGCUCGCGGGGGCGCUCGGCCGGCGGGCCGACAAGAAGUCGUCGACGAUCCAGGUGAAGCCGCACUACAGUCUGCCGACCCUCGGCGACGGCGACUUCGACGUGGAUUCGUUCGUGGAGGAGUUCGAGGAGAUGGUCGGCCUGGCGAACGACGGUUCGGGCAUGUCGGCGACGGAGAUGGUGCGUGUGCUGGGGACCUGCCUGAAAGGCUCGCGUCAGCGGGCUUACAAGGUCGAGCUGAAGCAGGCUCGCCGGUCAGGCAGGCUGGCGGCGGAUCCCGACGAGGUGUACCAGAGCCUCAAGGAGAGGCUGAUGGAGUUCAAGGAGGGCCUGCUGGAGAAGCAGCAGCGGCUCAACGCUGAGUGGAGGACGCUCUCCCGAGGCAAGAUGAGCGCGCUGGAGUUUCAGGCGACGUUCGAGAACAUCGCGGCGGAGAUGGAGCUGGCUGGGAUGGGCAAGUCCGAUCGUGACUUGCUGCUCGGCUACUUGGCGCUCAUCCCUCCCGCGCACCGGGCAGAGGUGCUCAAGGAUCGCCGAGUGUAUCAGCGCUCUGGCGCCCAGCCCGAGGUCCGCGGCGCCGAGACCUGGAGGGAGGCCCAUCGCGUGCUGCUGAAGCUGGAGGAGGCCGAGAGCUCGGCCAAGGCGCUCGUCGCGGCGAUGCGGGACAGCGGCACGUGUGCCCGUGGCGACGCCUGCAGGUUCUCGCACGACCGGGCUGCCAUCGCCGAGUCGCGGAGGACCAAGAAGGACGCGACCGGGCCGAAGGGCAAGGGCGCGGACGGCAAGAAGGGCAAGGGCUCGGACGACGGCGGCGAGGGCGGCCUCAAGUCGCAGCUCUGCCUGCAGUUCCUCCGGGGUGCGUGCAGCAAGAGCGAGAAGGACUGCAAGUUCAGCCACUCGGGUAAGGCAGCUCAGAAGGUCAUUGCAGCGGUCUAUGCUGGCGCGGCCGCAGCUAAGGCGCCGCCGCCGAGCCUCGGCAGCGCGGGCCCCCCCGGCAGCGGCCAGGGAGCAGCGCCUGCGGCCGAGGAGGCGGCGCGGCCCGCAGCCUCUGGCGCGGCGCCGAAGGUGCAGGCUGCGGCGGGGAGCAAGCUCGAGUGGGUGCGACCUUGUGGCGGAGUCUUCGGCCCGAGCUACGACCUCCCGCGGGUGAGCGUCGUCAGGGGCUCGCCUUCGCCCGAAGGAGCUCUGAAGGACCUGGACCAGAUCCCCGCCAGCGCCUGGGCGCAGGUGCAGGAGCCCGACGACGGGUACCACUACUUGUGCCACACGCAUGUCUACGGCCUCAGCAUCAGGACGCUCCUUGAUGGCGGGGCCGUGUUCUCCCUGACGUGGGAGGCGACGAUCGUCAGCAUCAUCAACGGCGCGAUCGCGGAGGGCAAGUCUCCGGAGGACCCCGACUGGCCGAUCGCGGGCCUGAUGCACUGGGGCCGGGACUCGAAGGCCUCGUCGGUGGCGGACAAGGGCGACCUGAAGAUCCGUGGCAUGGUGGACCUGCGCCUGGCCUUCGAGGGGCUGGGCGGCACGCGAGGCCACUACCUACCAGGGCUGGGCAUCGCGGUCAAGCGUGCAGAGGCCGACGCGGUGCAAGCGAAGCUGUUGACCAUCUCGGCGGUGUUCUCAGAGUGCGAUGCCGAUAGGCGUCGAGGCGUGAUCGUGCUCGACGACUCGGAGUCCGCCGUCCCCAUCUACCUGAGCGGCGAGGAGGGCGUGCGGCUGGAGCUCGGCGACUGCGCGCUGGUGCCAGCUCGCGCUAGCGGCCUCGCAGCGGGUGUCGUCGGCGACGUGGUGGCGAAUGGCGCGGCGGCCGUCUGGGCCGCCCCCGGCCCUUGGCUUGGCCGGGAGCAGCUCGUCCUGGUCGGCAACUGGGACCAGCCCGGCGUCAGCAUCGAGGUCGGCGACAUCGUGGGCGCCGUGAUUCAGACCGAUGGCGAGCCGGCCAGCGACGACCCGUCGGUGGCGCACGUGUGGCAGGAUUGGGACGAGCUUCGGGACAUCGUUGAGCUGGAGGUGCCGACGGACGAGUACUACGCCGAGCGGCUGGUCUACUGGCAGCGGAAGUACCCGAAGGCGGCCACGACCCUCCUCGAGCAUCUCCUGGCGGUCGAAGGCCUGCUGGACGUGUGCAUCGCGGCCGGGUACUCCAUGGGUGCCGAGAAGUCCCUCGACAGGCUGGCUCAGCCCUCCAUCGAGGCACUCGGCGAGAUCGUGGGCCGCGAGGGCAGCGAGGCGUGCGAGCGGCAUCUGGAGCUCAUCAAGAACUGGUCGGUGCUCGAGGACGUGGCGGCGCUGCGGAGGUUCCUUGGCACGUUCAACUGGAUCCGCGGCCACUUCCCCAAGGAGGUGCAGAAGCCGCUGGGGAUCCUCACGCAGCAGCUCAAGAAGGACGCCGAGUGGCCGAUGACCUCCGAGAAGGUUGCGGCCCAGCGCGCCAUCCAGCAGCUCGCGUGCGAGGCCAUCCGCCUCGCGGUGAUCGACAUGGUCGGGGCGAUCUCGAAGGACCGCCCGCUCGAGCAGGUCGCGGAUUUUUGCCCCUACGGUUGGGGUGGCAGCGUGUAUCAGCUGGCCGCCGACCGCCGCACGCUCAACGUGCUGGCGAUGUACGGCGGCUGCCUCAGCUUGGCGCAGAGCAACUGGCACCCCCGCCGGGGUGAGCUGUAUGCGCAGCGUGAGACCAGGCGGGAGGCACGUAAGGAUUUCGGUCGGCUGCCCGCCCUGUGCUGGACGGACCACGCGGCAGCGGUGAAGGACGCUACGGGUGAGGCCGAGACGGACUCCACCGUCAUCCGCUGGGUUGGCGAGAUCGAGAGCGACGGCAGCAGGCUGAUGAAUCUCUCGGGGCGGAGCGCGGCCCUUGGUGAUGGCCCCUCCCGAGAGAACGAGGCCCACGGCAAGUUCCUGCGCGAGCGGGCUCACUCCCUGGCGAACAUCACGAUCGAGGACAUCAUCGGUGAUGUCUACCGUCCGGGGGAGGGGGUCCCGUGGGGCCUGGACGAGACUCCCGACGCGGCCGCCUUGCAGCUGGUGGCCGUGGCCGGGGCGGAGCGCGAGAAGGGCGACUCCAUCGCGCUGUACCUGCCGGACUACGGGUGCGAGAGGCGGCGGAGCGCAGAGCAGGCGCGAGCAGCUCGUCAGCUGCAGCUGGCGGCGCCAGGCCUGCGGCUGCGCAUGAUCCCGCACGACCCUCCGCUGGCAGACGGCGCCGGCGGCCUGUACUACAUCGCGCCUCCUCGCUUCCCAGGUGAUGCGAGUGGUAAGGCGCGGAAGCAGCUUCGCAAUGACGUGCUGACCGCGGUGGCCGCCGUCUUGCGAGAGUGUGCCGCGCGGUGGCCCAAGGUCGUGAUCGGGACGGGCCACGGCGGGCUGGUGGCGGCUGCAGCGGCCCACCCCAGAGUGGUGGAGGCCGCUCUCGCGCUGCGGUACGCGAGAGAGGCGGAGGGCAUGCAGGUCGCGGAGGCGUGGGUGAACGUCAGGGCGUUCGUGGCGAUCGGGCCGCGCGCCCGCAGCCCGAGCAGGAUCGGCUUUGUGCGAGAGGCGUUUCCGGAGUUCGGAGCGGCUGCCCACGGCGACGAGCGCCCGGCCCCCCUCUAUUUGGUGGAGGGCGCCGGGGCGCACCGCCGUUUCGGGCAGGACCUCGGCGAGGCGCUGGGCGUGAAGGUGUCGGCCACGCUGGGCGAGGUCCUCAUGCAGGAGGUGGUCUCUGCCCCCCCGCGGAUGCUGGAGUUCAGCGGGGGGCGCUGCGCGUGCGGGCGGAGUUCGCUGGUGCUGGCGCGGUGCGGCCAGUGCAUCAGGGCCGACCGCGAGCUCGAGGAGGAGGCGCGGCUGGCUGAGGCGCCGGAGGAGGCGUUCGGGGAGCCCGACGUGGUCGACGUGGCGGCCUCGGCGGCGCGCAUGCGCGCGGUCCGCCCGCAGCCGGCAGUCGCCGUCGGGCCUGGCCCCUGCAUCGCCGUGUCGGCGGAGCUCGUGCGGGACCUCCUGGAGUUUGGCGGCGGCCGGGCGGAUUUCACGUGCAACUGCAUCCGGGUCCGCCGAGCGCCGGCUGCGGGCGUCGUGGCCUUGGAGGCCGCGCGGGGUUUUUCCUAUCGGCUGUCGUGCUUUGUCGUGCCGCAGGGGCCCGAGCCGGGCGUGGAGGUGGCGCUGGCGCAGCCGUGCGUGGAGUUCGGGCUGGAGCUCGUCACGGAGAUCGACGUGGAGCUGCUGCAGGCGGGCUUGCCGAAGGGCGCCGAGCUGGUCCAGCUCUUCGCCUGCGCCUGGCUGCUGUGGGAGGGCGGUGCGCGCCUCCCCGCGCUGGGCGCUACUCACGUGCAUCGGCACUGCAGGGGGUCGGCCAUCUGCAACGGUGCGGUCGUCAAGGUGUCCUCCUACUCCUCCGCCUACUCCGAGGUCUUCGCGGGAGCCCUGGGGUUAUCGUGGUACCAGGCCCUCCGCGAUCGCUUCGGCGGGCGGGCAUCAGGAGCCUUCGUCGAGUUCGCGGACUCCGACUUCGCGCGCGGCGAGCGGGAGGCCUUCGAGGUACCGGACGUCCUCGGGGCGAUCACCGGCAUGCGGGCGCCGACGUCUGAGCAGGUGUGCUCCGUCGGGGGCGUGGCAUGUGCCCCGGAGCGCGGCGCUGCAGCCUUCGACGCGGAGGUGGCGGACGGGCGCAAGCUGGAGGACGCCGACAUCGCCAUCAGGGAGGAGUACGCCGCGAAGGUGCGGGGCUGUGAGCCUGAGGCGGGGAGCGAGCCGUUCGAGCUGUCCAAGUCGCUCCGUGCCCACAUCAUCGGGGACCAGUGGAAGGACGAGGAGUGCGGGGCCACCUGCAUGCAGCUCCGCGCCGAGCCUGGCGCCGGCGACACCCCCGAGGCGCAGCGCCUCGGGGAGGACUUCGCGCUCGAGCAGUUCGUGACGGUGGGCCCAGGGGAGCAGCGCUGGCUGCUAGUUCUCCCUGCGUCUGGCGGACCGGGCUCGGGUAUAUCGUGGAGGCGUUUCAUCUUCCUCCACGUUCACGCUGGCCCGUCGGGGGGCCACAAGACGGUGGUCGCCACUCGUGAGUGCGCCCGGCGGCUGGUGGUUUGGCCGGGGCUCGCGGCGGACAUCGAGAAGUGGUGUGCUAGCUGCUGGGCCUGCCUCCGAUUCAGGCAGCAAACUACGAAGGUGCAGGCCAGCUUCAUCGUGGCACGGCACCGGCUUCCUUUUCAUCAUGUGGUCAUCGACGUGGAGGGCCGCAUCACCCCCCCCGACGUCGACGGGCACGCGUACGUGCUGACCUACAUCUGCGUGACGACGGGGGCGCCCCUGCCUGAGCCGCUCAAGCACCUGCAGCACUCCGAGGUCCGGCGUGCCUUCUUUCGAUGCGCGACUCGGGCCAAGACCUGGCCGAUGCUUGUGAGCUCGGAUCGGGGCAAGGAGUUCUGCAACGCUCUCAUGGAAGAGCUCUGGGCGCUCCUCAACUUCGCGGGCCGCUUCGGCACGUCGUGGAGGCCCUGUGAGCAGGCGGACGCGGAGCGGUCCCACAUCGAGUGCGCGAGGGAGAUCGGCAUUUUCCUGCACGACGUUUUUAAGUGUGCCCCCGGCCAGUGGGCCGAGCUGCUGCCCAUCGUCGAGUUCGUGUUGUGGAACUCGCCCGGCAAGUCGGCGCUGUCGCCGAGGGACCUCUGCAUGGGUUGGUCGUUGGCUUCGCCGCUGGACCCAGAGGUCCUUCACGUCCGUUUUUUGGACAUGGUUUUUGGACAUACAUUCUCGCGUCCUUUUUUUGGACGCAAGAAUUGGUUUUAG